AUGCGCGAUCUGCCCCAAGGUGAUGGACCAAACUGCUCCCGGUUUUUGCUGAAUGCCAUCUUUGCCUGCGCAAGCAAAUUUUCCUCGCGCAUUGAUAUACGCGAUGACCCAGUCGACCCAGCCACGACAGGCCGGCGUUUUUUUCGCCGGUGUGACGACCUUCUAGCCCAGGAAUCACAUCUUAUCCGUCCAAGUAUUCCAACAAUAAUUGGACUUUUGCUCCUCGGGUCUACGUUUAAUGCCCGUGGCGAAACUUCAAAGGGCUGGUUAUACACAGGCUAUGCUCUGCGUAUGGUGUAUGAUUUGGGAUUACAUCUCGACCCCAAGGAGACCAAUGAUGACGCAGAAGAAAUGGAAAUCCGUCGCCGUGUGUUUUGGGGUGCUUUUGUCUGUGACAAAAUACAAAGCCUCUACCUCGGCCGGCCUGUCGCUAUGAACCUGCGCGACUCGCAUGUCAGUCGUGAAUUCCUUGAUACAUUCGAGGAACAUGAGCUUUUCAUACCACCCCCCAACUCGAAAUUGCAUACCCCAUCCUCACAACCCACGAUAUAUUCUGUGUCUACUUUCCAACAGCUCUGUCUCCUAUCCAGGAUCAUGACCAAAAUCACCAAUCACUUCUACACAGUCGGAGGAGUGCGGUCCCCGAGCUCCGCCACGGCCAGUCUCCAACUCGCGGACAAUGCCCUCAAUUCCUGGAAAGAAAGCCUUCCACCCGAACUAGACUUUAAGCCAUGGUCACAUUCCGUCCAUUCAAAAUCACACCCGGCUCCCAAUGUAAUGAACCUCCACGGCAUCUACAACUCCCUUAUCAUCCUCCUCCAUCGACCCUUCAUCUCCGAUGGCCAUCUACGAUCCAUUACAACAUCAGCUUCAUCAUGGAGCCGCUGCACCGUAGCCGCAAAUAACAUCACGAGCAUCUCACUGGCCUAUAAAUCCGCAUACGGUCUCCAUGGCGCACCUUAUAUUCUUAGCUACGCUAUCUACGUAGCAUGCACAAUCCACGUCCGCAACGCCUUCGCAAACGCCCACCACAAGGAACAUGUCUCCCGCUUAGCAGCAGGUCUGACCUGCCUCGAUGAGAUCUCAGUGGCGAAUCCUGGCGUCUGCAGACCUGCGAGCAUCAUACGGAAAUUGGCCGAGGCAAGCAAACUUGACCUUUCUGUGGUUCAUACAAUGACUCCUGCUUCUCAAGUUGAGAUUAUCUCUCCGGUGGAUGGGUUGAAUGGUGGAUUUGAGCUAGAUGCUAUCGUUGGGAUGUUCCCGAGCAGAUCGUCUGUUUUUGGUAAUGGUCUGGAGUUUUCUACUGGGCAGGAACAAGAUACGGAGUUGUUUGGACUUGAUAUUCCGUAUGAUCCGUUGUUUGGGUUUAUGGAUGCUUCGCUGGAUUGGCCUGGGUCGGAGACGGCUCUUUUGUUUGAUGCAUGA